AUGGGAGUGCAGGGCCUGUGGGAGCUGCUGGCGCCGGUGGGCCGACGCGUGUCCGUUGAGGCUCUUGCGAAUAAGACUGUAGCCGUCGAUCCGUUGCGAGUUUUGUUUCUUCCAACCGUGCCCUUCCUCCGUUCCGCGUUUCUCGCUGCCAACGGCUCAGUCGCCUGUCAUAACCGCGCGUAUUCCCCCAUUCCCCCCUCCUGGUGCGGAUCAGACGCGAGCAUAUGGCUGGUGCAGUUCCUCAAGGCGAUGCGCGACGAGCGCGGAGAGCUGCUGCCGGGCGCGCACCUGCUGGGCUUCCUGCGGCGCGUGUGCAAGCUGCUCUUCCUGCGCAUCCGCCCGCUCAUCGUCUUCGACGGCGCCACGCCUGCGCUCAAGCGCCGCACCGUCCUUGCGCGCCGCCGCCAGCGGGAGAACGCGCAGAUCAACCUGCGCAGGACGGCCGAGAAGCUGCUGCUCAACCAGCUACGGCUGCGAAAGCUGGAAGAGGCAGCAAAGGAGAUGCAGCAAAGGGGCAGGGGGAGGGCGGCGGGCAGGGGGGGCGGAGGAGCGCGGGGAGGCGGCAAGGGGAAGGAGAAGGUGGAAGAAGUGGUGGGCGAUGGGAGGCAGGAGAUCGGGGGGCGAGGGGGAGGCAGUCAAGGAGCCAUGGCAGCAGAGAGGCAGUGCGGCGGUGAGGAGGAGUUGAGGAGGGGUCAGGAACACGCAGAUGCUCUCCUGGCAGCAUCGCUGGCAGCUGAGUGGGCAGAGCAAUCCGCGGGCGCCUCUGGUGCUGCCCCAGAUGUGGCAGGCACCUCCCGUGAUGCCGGUGCUGCCGCUGCCGCUGCUGCUGCUACUGCUGGUGGUGCUGGCGGUGGUGAGGCGGCCAGGGGGCCAGUGGGAAUGGAGGGGGGUGAUGGUGGGAGCGACGAGAGCAGUGAUGAGGACGACUUGACUGAAGAGGCUAUGGCGCUCCUGCCGGAGGUGGCAUCUGGGGGAGGCGCACCUCUUGACCCGGCAGUGCUGGCGUCGCUGCCACCCUCCCUGCAGCUACAACUUAUGGUGCAGAUGCGGGAACAGCUGGUGGCUGAGAAUCGCCAUAAGUUUGAGCAGGCGGCCAAGGCGCCAGCAGCGUUCUCAUCGCUGCAGGUGGGCGCCUAUCUGCGCACGGCUGCCAUGCGCCGCCAGAUUGACUCCGUGCGCUCUGCCGCCGCCUCUGCCUUCGCUGCCUCUGCCCCCGCUGCUGCCGCUGCUGCUUCAACCCUUCCGAAUUCCGCCCCUGGUUCGUCUUCUGCUGCUGCCGCGGCAGCAGUGGGAGCAUCAGGAGGGGAAGUGACUGGCGUGGGCUUGGCUGGGCGAGCAGGAGGAGCAGCAGAGGCGGAGGAAGGAGUGGGGGUGGGAAGGGGGAGUGGAGGGGGCGUUGGGGGAGGGCGGAUAGCAUCGGAGGCGGGCAGGGAGUUUGUCUUUACUUCCUCUGUGGCGCAGGGCGCGGGUGAUGCUCCCCUAGGACGGCGCCUGCCCCCACUGUCACCAGCACCCGCUCAGGGUAGGGGCGGAAGGGGGUUGCGCGGGAGGGGCAGGGGGAAGGGCGCCUGGGGGCAUCGGUGGACGGGAAAACAAGCUUGGAGGGAGAGGAGGGGAGGAGGGGGAAAUGGCAAGGUGAAGCAAAUGAAUGGGGAAAAGGACGAGGGGGUGGACGACGAGUGUGAGAGGGACGGUUUGCGGGAUUUCUCCUGGGGGGGAGGGAGGGGGCAGGGGGGCGCGGAGGGGCUGCUGCAGCUGCCUGGCAUUCUGCAGCAGGCGGUGAGCUGGGGGAGGGGGAGGCGGAGGGAGGAUCCGGGGGGACAGGCGGGGGAGGGUGCUGGAGAGGCAAAGGGCGGUGUGGCUGGUGGGACAUACCGGGACGAGCAGGGCAGGGUGCACGUGAGCCGCGUGCGAGGCAUGGGUGUGCGCAUGACCCGCGACCUGCAGUGGAACCUGGUGCUCAUGCGCGAGCGGGAGAAGGAGAGGGCGAUGGGCACGGGGAAUGGGGGCGAGGAGGGGAGGGAUAGAGGAGGGCUGAUGAUGAAGGGGAGUGAGGGCGUGGGGGGGAAGGGUGAAGAGCGGGAAGGAGGGGACGAAGAGGAGGUGCAGUGGGAGGAUGGGAUGGUGGCUGCUGCUGCUGUUGCCAGGGAAAGUGGGGCAGCAGGUAGUGUGUGUGGAAGGGGUUUUAAAGGAGCAGAUAGAAGGCACGAGAAGGAGAAGGGAAGGGGGUUGGGGGAAGGUGAGGGAGUGGAAGAGGAAGAGCAGGAAGAGGGAGAAGGAGGUGAGUAUGAGGAUGAGUUGUUUGCCAUGCUCGUUGCUGCGGGGAAGGUCAGAGCAGCAGCAGCAACGCAGAAGCACACACCAAGCACCGCCGCACCAAGCACCGCCACACCAAGCACGGUCGGUGGGGUUGCUGCUCCUGCCACUGCAGCAGUCCCCACGCUGCCAGCCGCUGCCAUCUCGGCACCUGGGAACGUCAUGGGAACGGAUGCUGAGGAAUGGGGGGAGGAGGAGGAGGAGGAGGAGGAUGUGGAGUGGGAGGAUGGCGAAGGGGAAGAGGAGGCGCCGCAGUCAGUUAAAGGAGAAGUCAAGGGAGGAGAGGGAGGGGUUGCUGCAGAGAGGGAUGUGCAGGAAAGGGGUUUGCCAAGUGAUACUGACGUGGACAUGGAAGCUGACGUGGAAUGGGAGGAAGCACCAGUCACAGUGCAGCACAUAAAGCCAAGCAAGGCGCCCCCAUCCCCCCAACCUGGCCCGCCCUCUGCCCCUACCCCCACCCCAUCCUCCCAACCUGGCCCACCCGCUGCCAAUGCCCCUACCGCUGCCCCCACCCCUGCCUCGGCCUCUGCAUCUGCAGUGCCAUCUGCCCCGACCCGUGCAGACGAGAAAGGCACAGGCUCUGUUGCUGGCGAGCAGAGGCGUGGGCGUGCAUGGGAGGAGGAGCAGGUGGCAGAGGCUUUGAGGAGAAGCCUGCAGGACAUGGGGGGGAGGAGGGUAGAGGCACAGAGUGGGGGUGCAGUGGAUUUUGUGAAGGAUGUGGGGGGUAGUGGAGGGGAGGGAGAAGGGGAGGGAGAGGGGACAGUGGAGGGAGGGGAGGGGGGAGCGGAUGAGGUGGAGGAGGAGAGAGCAGCAUUGGAGGAGGAAGCGAUGAGGCUGCGAGAGGAGAUGGAGGAGGGCCAGCGACAAGUGCAGGAGCUGCUGCAGCAGUGCGGGGUGCCAUACAUGGUAGCACCAACAGUGCAUGGCUGGCGCAGCACGGUGUGGUGGACGCGGUCGUCUCAGACGCCUGAGCUGCUGCAGCAGUGCGGGGUGCCGUACAUAAUAGCACCUCAGGAGGCAGAGGCGCAGUGUGCAUGGCUGGCGCAGCACGGCAUGGUGGACGCGGUCGAGCUGCUGCAGCAGUGCGGGGUGCCGUACAUAAUAGCCCCAAUGGAGGCGGAGGCGCAGUGUGCAUGGCUGGCGCAGCACGGCGUGGUGGACGCGGUCGUCUCAGACGACUGUGAUGCGCUGCUCUUCGGCGCGCCCACCCUCUGGCGCCACCUCUUCUCUGAUCGCCACUACGUGGAGGUGUACCGCGCUGAGGACGUGCAGAGGGAGCUGGGGCUCAGCAAGAGGCACCUCGUGCGUAUGGCCAUGCUAUUGGGUUGUGACUACACGCCCGGCAUCAGUGGCAUUGGAGUGGUGAAUGCCAUCGAGGUGAUUCACGCAUUUCCGGGUGCACGUGGCUUACAGCGCUUCCGCCACUGGCUUGACUCGCCCCAUGCUGCCGCCCUCGCCCGUCUGCUGCCUGGGGGACCAGAGGGUGGUGCACAGGGCGGUGCUGUGGACGGGGCUGAUGGGUGGGAGGAUGACGAUGGGUGGUGGGAGGAUGAGGAGUCGGAUGAGGAGGAGGAGGGUGAGGAGGGUGAGGAGGGUGAGGGAGGUAGGGGGAAGGGUAACGGGAGGAAAGGCGAGGGAAUGGAAAGGGAAGGGAGUGGCAAGGGGAAGGGAGAGAGGAGUGGCAGGAAGGGAGAGAGGAGUGGCAAGAAGGGAGAGAGGAGUGGCAGGAAGGGAGAGGAGCAGGGCAAGGGAGGUUCACAGGAGGAUCGGGAGGCCAGGAGGGCGCUGGCUGAGGCACGGAGGCGAGAGUUUGAAGCCACACAUGCGGGGGUGAGGAGGCAGUGGGUGGUGCCGGGCAACUUCCCCAGCCCAGCGGUGGCAGCGGCGUUCAACCGCCCCCAUGUGGAUCGCAGCACUGCCCCUCCCUCCUGGCACCCGCCUGACCUCCCUGCUCUGCGCCAGCUGUGUGUGGCCAAGCUGGGCAUGGCGCCAGAGAAGGCGGAUGCGCUGCUGCUGCCAGUUGUCAAGGCUGCCUCCUCCCGCCAGGCCCAGCAGCGGCUGGAGGCGUUCUACUCAUUCAAGCAGCGCUUUGCCAAGAUCCGAUCGCGCCGCGUGCAGCGGGCCGUCACCGGCAUCGCUGGCAGCGCUGCACGGCACCUCAUGCUGCCGCCCUCGGGGGUGACUGCACCCGAGGAGGACGAUGCAGACGAGGAUAUCCUUGAUGCUCAUGCCCCUGCUGCUCAUGCCCCUGCUGCUCAUGCUGCCGAUGCUGCUGGUGCAGCUGGUGCUGCCGGCAAUGGGAAUGUUUCUGGUGGCAGGGAGCAGGAUGGUGUGGCAGCAGUUGGUGGUGGUGGUGGUGGUGGUGGGGCGACUGGUGUGAGGCGUGGGAAAGCCAAGGGUGCUGCUGCUGCUGCGGGCGGGGAGAAGAAGGGGCGAGGAGGGAAAGGGCGAGGGAGAGGGCGGGGUGUUGCGAGUGAGAGAGGCAGGGGGAGGGGGAGGGGAAAGGGGCGAAAUGGAGGGCGUGGGGUAAGAAGGAAAAAGGGAGAUGCAGCGGAGGAUGCUGAGGGCGAGUGGGCAUCCUCAGGCGAGUCUGGGGAAGAGAAGAGGCAUGGCAGGGGCAUGGAGGGGGGGGCAGCAGAACAGAGCACAGGUGAUGGCAGCACGCGAGGGGCUGAGGGUGGUAUGGAGGGGGGUGCGGCUGAGCGUGGGGGAACGGGCGCGGCGGUGAGGAUGCAGCCAAUACGUGAGGCGAAGCGGCCGCGCCUGCAGCUUGGAAGCUCCGAUGCUGUGCUGGGUGGUGAUGUGGUUGCCUUGAGUGACUCGCAUGAAUGCAGCAGUGGGAGCCGUGCUAGUGGUGGUGGCGAUAGCGAUGGUGAUGACGCCAUGUUUGAUCCCAGGGAGCACCUGCCCUCACCUCUCACUGCACGCCCUGCACGCCCAGAGCGCACUUCUCCCACAGGCACAGGUGCAGCCACUGCCACGCUCACUGGCGUGCUCACAGACACAGGGAAGUGUGAGGCAGCAGGGCAGGCAGGUGGGAGAGGUGAGAGUGAGGGGAGCACGUGGAUGGUGCAGCAACACUCCCAUGGGGCAGAGCAGCAACAGGUCGUCGCACAGCAACAGCAAGGACUCCUGCAUGCCUGCCGUGCCUCCCAUUCCUCCCCUCCUCAUGCCUCUGCUGAAGCCCAUACGGGUGCAGCAAGUGCAGGGCAGGGGGGUGUAUCACGUGACUCCAUGCACGCGCGUCUGCAUGGAGGGGGGUUCUGUGUGGGGGAGGAGCAGCACGGGGAUGAGCAGGUGGCGGAGGCAGGGGGCCAGGAAAGGGGAGAGGAAGAGCAACAGCUGUGGAUGGAGCAGACGGGAGGAGUGGAACGGGAAGAGAUGGGGGGCGAUUUGGCAAGGGAUGAGGUCUCUGGUGCUUGGGGUGGGUGUAGAGAGAUGGGGGAGGAGGUGGUUGGAGGGAGGGAAGGGGUGGAUGCGGAGAGAGGGAGCAAGGGGGGUGGUGGUGCGAUGGUUGAUGUACCCACAUCACACAGCGACCAGUCUCUCACCCUUGCCUCAUUGGAGCCAGCUUCUUCUACUCCUUCUGCACCUUGUGCACGGGACCCCCACGGUGCUGCCAUGGGUCCUCUGCUGCCCGCCCCCUUGCGCCGCAAGAAGCCCCGGGCGCGCUGA